AUGGCCAUCGCCGCCAGCAUUGGUCUGGUGUCCGAGGCCAUUCACCGGCACAAGACACAAGCAGCAGCUACAGAGAAUGAGGCCCCGCGUUCAUCCCCAACUGACGAACAGUGGGCGCUGGAUGAGAUCCAGGACGAGCUGCGUCAGGAUUCUUCCUCUGACAGCGAGAGCGAGGACCAGCCGAUCAAAAAGAAAAUUCGCAAUCCUGCCCGUCUAGCAGAUGAUUUCCUUCAGCGAUACCCGCCUCCGUCCCCGGAGAGCGCACCCCAAGGGCGACUCCCCUUGCCCGUCAUCAUCCCCCAGCGUCGACCUGGGGUGCGUAACCGGGGCUUCGUGAGAGCCUAUGCUCCAGACCUCCAGGCGUGUGGCAUCGACCAGGAGACCUUUAUGGACUUCUUGGUGACGUUCACGCGUGCCAGCCGGCCGCCACAGUGGAUGGCAGCGACCAAUCUGACAGCUGCUGCGGCCUUUGCCCUGCCGGGACACGCUAUGGGCGCGGGGGUGGGUUUCGCCAUCCAGGUGGUGAACGCGAUCGCCAUGGAAAUGAAGGGGCGUGUGCAGGCCAACUCCUUCCUCCAGAAGCUCAAUCAAGGCUUCUUCCAGCCGCGCGGGCUGUACUGCCUGGUCCUCUCCUUUGACAACACCUACGAGGAGGCCAUGACCGACGAGUCGCUGGCCACAGCCAUUGCCACGAGCACCGAUCCGAAAACGGGCCUGCGCAAAUACACCGACAAGCUGCGCACCCACAGCGGUACCACCGGCCCAGCCCAGUUCCCAGAGUCCGCUCCACUGGUCUUCCCCAUGCUGGACUGGAUGGAAAACAACGUCGACGCCACGCAGACAGAGAAGCUGGGUAGGUACACCAAGUUCCGGAAGUUUGUCGCGGAUUACUACGACCGACGGGCGCAGGCAGAAUACGCGGCGAGGAACCCGGAGAGUCCCCUUGCAAUGCAGCCCAAGCGGGCGUUUACGUCCAAGUUUGCCGAUCCAAACCACGACACCAACAAGUCCCCGAUAUCGCUGGCUACGGGGGGUGCCGUUCCCUACAACACGACCUGGCGUAAGGACCUCCGGGACAGAGAGGGAGGUCGGCGACAGCGCAAGAUCGCCGAUAAAGUGUUGUAUAUGAUUAUCGUCAAUAUGCCCUCAGAGGACGACAUGAGCCGUGCAGAGAGUAUCAUGGCCACGGAAAUCGGCGCCGAACCGUCUGUCCAGCCCGGUGAUGCUACGGCUACAGUGGAAUGA